GCCUGUGUCCCAUUUCCUCUCGUGUGUGUGUGUGCGUGCGCGCGCGCGGGGUUUAUCCCCCCCCCUUCACUCCAGCCCUGGAUUCUCCAUGUUGGACCCGAUCUGAGGAACAUCUAGGUUGCUGCCUUUGCAUGCAGCGUACUCCAGGGCUUUGCAACUGAAGGAGGGGCGGAAGACAUACUUCUUCACUGCACUCCCCCGUGUUCCUCCUCCUCCCUGGACGUUUCCCUCCUCCCCUCUCCUCCUCCCUGGACAUUUCCCUGCCCCCCCUCCUUCUAACCAAAGGAUCCCCAGGGUCUGUGGGAUUGUUAGAUGGAAAGCCGGUCUAUCAUCACCCAAGUGCAGAGGGACGAAGUGCUUUCAAAACAAGUCUUGGUGUCCAAAUCCUCCCCAAAGAAGCCUCGUGGCCGGAACAUCUUCAAGGCUCUUUUCUGUUGCCUCCGCACACAGAAUGUCAGGCAGACAACCUUUGGUGGAGAGCAUGGUCCACACAAGGAAGAGACCAGCACCAUUGCCAAGUCUGAUCUGUUGCAGUGUCUUCAAUACCAGUUUUACCAGAUUCCUGGGACAUGCCUUCUCCCUGAGGUGACUCAGCAAGACCAGGGGCGAAUUUGUGUGGUGAUCGAUCUGGAUGAGACCUUAGUGCACAGCUCCUUCAAGCCAAUCAGCAAUGCCGACUUCAUAGUGCCUGUCGAAAUAGAAGGGACAACCCAUCAGGUGUAUGUGCUGAAGAGGCCAUUUGUAGAUGAGUUCCUGAGGCGGAUGGGGGAGCUGUUUGAGUGUGUGCUGUUCACUGCCAGCCUGGCCAAGUAUGCUGAUCCAGUAACCGACCUGCUGGACAAGUGUGGAGUCUUCCGAACCCGACUUUUCCGGGAGUCAUGUGUGUUCCACCAGGGCUGUUAUGUCAAGGACCUCAGCCGGCUGGGACGUGACCUACACAAAACCUUGAUCCUGGACAAUUCUCCUGCCUCCUAUAUCUUCCAUCCAGAGAAUGCGGUGCCAGUCCAGUCUUGGUUUGAUGAUAUGGCGGACACAGAGCUGCUGAAUCUGAUCCCUAUCUUUGAGGAGCUGAGUGAAGCAGAAGAUGUUUAUACCAGCCUCGGCCAGCUGAGGGCACCCUAAGGCCCUCCUAGCGCUAUGCCCACAGGGGAACUUUUUCACUCAGUGCCUUCAGUAUUGGCAAGGAGGGAAGGGGAACCUUCCUCACAGCCUGACUGCCAGGCAGAUGCAAGCACUUUGGAGGCAAUAACCUGCCUGGCCUAAACCCACUGGGCAUCGCCAGAGCAGUUUCCAACCAGGGUAUGGCUAGUAGCCAGAGCUGCUAGCCCUUCCACCAAAAGCAGGGACAUCCAAGAUGGAUGCCCCUUCCCCAACAGCGCUCGUAUCUAUGCAUUGCAAGAACACAGGGAGCAUCAAGAGGAGACACCAUUUUUCCAGGGCUCCACUUCCUCCCUGCCCCCUCUAGUUACUGCAGGGUGAUUAGCACUGGUUGGGGUUUGGGCAGCUCAGACUGCCUUUCCCUUUGUAACCUAAAGCAUUGCCAAAUGACUUGGCUUUUUAAAAAAGCUAUAUGCCUUCCACUCCCCUUCAGAUGCUCCUGAGGGUGCUGCUUACCCAGCCCCUGCUGGGACACAGCCAUGUUGCCUAGCAUAUUUGGCGCCUUAUCAUCUCUUAGCCAGGGUGAGGAGUCAAGAAUGCCAUCUCUUGGCUCUCAGAUGCUUCUUUCUGUCCUAGCCAGGUGUCCAGAGGUGGAAACCUGUUUUUCAGCUGCUUAGGCCACUGGUCUUCUUCGAAGAUUCCUUUCCUUGCCUAUGAUACCUGGCUAGAAAGAGAAGAAUCUUUCUAGCGCAACUGUUUUGUGAGGCCUCCUUUGCCCUGCCCCUUUCUGGCAUUUCCCAUUCUUUCAUUGGGUCUUGGUCCCUAAUUUUCCUGUUGCCUUUGGGGAAACCUUGAAUAUGAUUUGUGAUUGGGUUAUACCUAUGAGCAAAAGAUAAAGGCCCAAAGAGAGAGAAAACCUUACAUCCCCCCUCCAGUGUUAGAGGCAAGGCAUAGAUGAGGACUGAGGCAACAUCUGGUAGUUUGCCAAACCCACACUCCAUAUUGGUUUAGGACCAGUCUGGCAGAGAUGCCCAAAUCCUUGCACUCUGGCCCAGUGUUGCUUCUUCGGGACCAGGUUAUGCCUUUGCCUUAAACGACUCUCAAGAAGCAGGCCACGCCAAACCAACGGGGAUGCCUCAGCACCGUCCAUUCUUCCGCCUUCAGUCAGUUGGAUCGCUAGCCUGAAGGACAGGAGGGUGCGACUUUUUCUUUUGCCCAAAGGUGGCUUACCUCCCUCGAUGGCGCUCAGUCGUGCCAGAAACGUUUCCUGGCUUCCCACUCAGGACUUGCUCUAGGCUCCGUCAUCAUAACUUGAAAGCCCAGCCCCUCGGGUGGCCUCAGGGAAUUAUGGACUAGCAUCUUAGAAGCUGGGGUGGGGUGGACAUUUUUCACAUGUGCACACAGCCUGCUCCAUGUCGCGCUACUGGGGGAGCAAGGGGAGACGUCGCAACUGCCUUCUCCACGAUCUGUGCCCUGCCACUGCCUGACCUCACCGUGCUUUUUUGUCUAGCUUUCCCAGCAGCCAGCCCGGGUCUUUCCCCCAGCAUUCGCAGGUGGCAUCAGCUCUGAGAAACCAAACAUGGACAGGGUUUUUCUUAAUACUUAUAUAAGAUGGCACUGCCACAGCCAGUCUUUUCUCUCGUUCCCCCUCCCAUGUGUAUGGUACGCUGCCCCCGCCAGUCACAUCCAACAUGCUGUGAACAAGUCCUUUCCAAACACCAUUGGAGGGACACCCAAAUGGAUAAACAAUGUCAGCUUGCUUCUCUCCCUUUCCUCUGCAUAAGCAAUACUUUGCAAGUGACAUCAUGUUUAGCCACUGUGGAGCUGGCUGGGGGUGGGUGGGGUGGGGGAAGAGCUCUUUUUGUGCAUUUCUGGUGCUCCCUCCUUGGCUUGGAUAUGGUGAGGGUCUGUGGGGUUUGUAUGUUAUUUCCUCCUGGCCGGGAGGCUCAAAGCUUCAAGCUUUGCUAAAUGGUUGAGUAAGCAGGCAGGGCUUCGCCUGAUCAAUGUGCUCUCCUAUCAUUCUUUUAAGUCUGCCGAUGGCUUACUAGUUGAUCCAGGACUAGGCCUCAACUGGUGCAUGAAAGAAAUCUGCUGCUGCUUUCCCAUCCCUCCCACUCUUGGCCUUGCUUUCAGUAUGAGGCAUUGUCCUCUUCUUGAGUCAAGCUGCGGGUGUAGCUGAGGCGUGUCUUCUUUUACUCUACUUCUAAGUGCACAUGGGCCGAUUCCAAUCAAGACUACUGUGCUCUCUGAGGGAAGGAGUAAAUCUUCCCUCUAUACAUCUCCCCACAAUUCUUCCCCUCUCCCAAUAGUGGAGAAUUUUGAGAAAAAUAUUUGGGGGCUUAACUCUCCCCUCCACCAGGAGCAUAGUGAUCCCUAUCCAAAUUGGGGCCACAUAUAGAGCUUUAACUUUUAACUUUAGAGUUAAAAGAGAAAGAGCCCCUCAGCCACACCCUUCAUGCUUAGCAUGACAUCUAGUUUGGCUCUUUGUCUCAGCUGUUGACAGUCCAUAUCCCCAUGUGUAGGGACCAGCUCCCCAGCAUUUUGGAGGGAAAAGGUUUCCCCGCCAUCAUUCUGUCAGCUGCUGUUUCUUUCCAGGAUACAAAGCAGUGAGAGCUUUAAACAUUGCAAAGUGAAUGAAUACUGGAAAGAACAGCACUUCUUUGUUUCUCUUUCCUGGUUGAAUCCAUGCACAUUUUUCUCUUUGCCCUUUGGCGGCUGAGGAGAAAUCAGCUUUUGCUGCCGCCGCCGCCUCCUCCUCCUCCUGCAUUCUGGCCAUGGCUGCCCUUUCUUCAGUGUGAAACUGGCUCCCAGUUCCCCCACAGUGCUAAGCUUUCGCCUCCAUCUGAGGUGAAAACGUAACACUAGCAAAUGACACUCCAUUUUCUACACUCCCCCAAGGCUGUGCUCUACAACAAAAGAUGGGACUAAGAGGAGACUGAGAUGACCGGCCUUUCUUCCUGUCCAAUUUGCAGGGUGAAAUGCUGCACUUGCUGUGUGUGAGGCGUUAGCUUCAUCUGAAGGUGGCCAACAUGGGAUGGACUUUGAAUACCCUCACAGUUUUGCAAAGCUGUAGGAGUUUGCUUGACAAAACUCAUGUGGGACUGUUGGAAUCUCAGGUCAGGUUCAAUCCUGUCAGAUGGUCCUACCAGAGGGAGAAAAUUGGAUGUGUAAAUUUACGCUUAAGGAUAGCAUUGCUCUCUAGUGCACAUUCUUCUUCUGAAGGUCAAGCGCGUUAAGUCUUGUUUGAUAGCCAUAUUGAUACUGGGUCCAAUUGCCAGGAUGGAGACUGUGCCUUGAUUAUACCCAGCUGGUGAUGAAGGUAAAGUACCAGCACAGAGGCACCCCAGCACUCAAACAGGCACGUGCCUUUUAGGGGUGCCCCCUGUGUCCACUUCCGCUGAAGCUACCACAUACAGUGAUACUUGCUGCCAUAUCCAGCUAUCUUUGGUGCCCCCUUUCAUACAGGGAAUGGUUGCUGGUGGCUUUUGAGUAGUGAGAGCCAUGGGCUUCCCCCUUCUCCAUCCACCUCGUGCAAGUGUGAGAAUAUCAGUUGCCUUUGUCACAUGUCUUCACUCGCUGGGCUUUUUGUUUAUUUUUUUAAUUUUAUUUUAACUGAAAAAAAUAAAUAAAUCCCUAAACUUGAAGCUGGCACUGUCGCCAUUUCGAACUUUCUAUUUUUGGAAUCUUUGUAUUAACUGCAAUUAAAUAAAAAAGAGAGCACGUG